CAACGCGCCCCACGACAUCAUAUCCACGGAUUUAUAGCACCAAUCCCUCCUAGAUCCCUCCCAUUCUCUCUUCUUUCUCCCUUCAGCUACAUAUUUUCCACUUCACUCCCGCCUGCGUCUUACUGCGACCGAUCCCAAGUGAGCUAUGAAGCCCCCAAUCUCACACGUCCUGCUCCUCUGGCAGGCGAUCCGCCAGUCCUUCUACUCUGUUCCCAAUGUUUUCGUCCCGCCAGCCCUUACCGUGCCCGGCUCUCCACAGCCCCCUACCGCCAACAAACCAUUACUCGCACCCACCCCUCCCAUGGGCUACAACAACUGGGCCCGCUACGAGUGUAACCUCAACCAACAGCUCUUCACCGACACAGCCAGCUGGAUGGUCUCUCACGGUCUCUUGGCUGCCGGUUACGACACCAUCACGAUCGACGAUUGCUGGAUGACCAUGGAGCGCGAUCCUGUCACGAAUCAACUUGUCACCAACGAAACAUUGUUCCCCCAGGGCAUGGCCUGGAUGGGCCAGUAUCUUCAUGCCAAGGGAUUCAAGUUCGGGAUCUACCAAGACGCAGGCUACAAGACCUGCAGCGGCUACCCAGGCUCGCAGGGCUAUUUCGAUGUGGACAUCGCACAGUUCAGGGGUUGGGAGGUCGAUUAUAUCAAACUGGAUGGAUGCUAUAUCAAGAGAAAUGAGUCGUUGCCACCAAGUGAGACUCUCGAACCAACAUUCCGUUAUCUAUAUGAAGGCUUCGGCAAGGCCAUCCAGGCUCAGUCCCGACCCAUGGUCUAUUCAGAAUCCGCACCCGCGUACUUCUCUGGGCUUUCGGCAGGCACAGGAGACAGUGUAGGUAAGGAUUGGUACAGGGUCCACACAUGGAUCGGACAAUACGGUCAGCUCUGGCGACACUCAACCGAUGUCGCCGUCUACAGGAAGGAUGGCAAAUCGCGCUGGGCCAGCAUCAUGGUCAAUUAUAGGUUUAAUAUCCGACUGGCCAGAUUCCAAAAGCCCGGGAACUGGAACGACCCCGAUUUCAUCAUUACAGGCGACGAUGAGGGCCUAACUCUCGAGGAACAAAAGUCUCAGUUCGGGCUCUGGAGUAUCAUGGCCUCGCCGUUGAUCCUAAGCACGGAUGUGACCCAGCUGAGUACAGAUCAGAUCGCCUACCUGACGAACCGGGAGAUCAUCGACAUCAAUCAGGAUCCAUUAGGUAUCCAGGGUCGUAUGGCUUGGAAAAGCGAAUACAGCGACGUGCUGGUGAAGCCCCUCCAGAACAACUCCAUCCGUGCAGCAGCCGUCCUCAACCUCCAGCACGUUGCUGCGAACAUUACGGUACCCUUCUCAAGACUCGGUUACACUUUUGCGCUCUCCUCUGUCGUGUGCGACUUUCUCGUCCGUGAACUCUUCUCCCGUUCCGAAGAGACCGUCAGGGUCACCAACCCACGCCAGCAAUCCAUCUCGACGCUACUCAAACCACACGCGACAGCGCUAUUCAAGAUCAUGUCUCUGACAGAUCUCCCACCCUGCAGAGCAACCGUCCCCACAGGAGCCAUCUACUUGACCUCAUCGCUUCUCUGUUUGGAUGUCUCCAACGCAGGCACAGCGCCAGGAACUGCGGUACUGGCGUUCUCCUGCACCAGCAACGAGAACCAGCUCUGGCAGACCUCGCCGGUCCCCCCACCAUUCACUGACUCGUCUGCACGGAUCAUCACCAACGGCAAGGCACUGCUGUGGAUCAAGACGCUCGACAACCUUUGCUUGGAUACCGAACUCGCUAAUGCCACUCCUACAUUGGGUACCAAGGUAGUGGUCAAUCCAUGCGACGGAGACAGAGAGACACAGCAGUGGACAUACGAACCCAUGGAAGGCACGCUGUUCCACGAGAGCACUGGUUUCUGUAUCGAUGCAUCCAUGGCUUCGACAGCGAGCGAUGAAUCUACCAUCCCGUUGCGUCUCUGGAAAUGUGGUUCACAGGCCGACAACCAGGUGUGGUCCAUGCCAGCAUAGAUAGAGCAUCCUUUAGCAUUUCUGCACAGUUCUAUGCAUA